UAGGGGCGGCGUGCGGGGCCCGGGGGCGCCGCGCCCUCCAUGCGCCGCGGCGCGCCCCGAGGCAGCCGGGGGCCCGCGCCGAAGCCGCCGCCCGCGCUGAGCCCCGGCCCGGCCUGCGGCCAGCGCCCGGCGGCAGCAUGAGCCAGGCCGAGCUGUCCACCUGCUCGGCGCCGCAGACGCAGCGCAUCUUCCAGGAGGCCGUGCGCAAGGGCAACACGCAGGAGCUGCAGUCGCUGCUGCAGAACAUGACCAACUGCGAGUUCAACGUGAACUCGUUCGGGCCCGAGGGCCAGACGGCGCUGCACCAGUCGGUCAUCGACGGCAACCUGGAGCUCGUGAAGCUGCUGGUCAAGUUCGGCGCCGACAUCCGCCUGGCCAACCGGGACGGCUGGAGCGCGCUGCACAUCGCCGCGUUCGGCGGCCACCAGGACAUCGUGCUCUAUCUCAUCACCAAGGCCAAGUACGCGGGCAGCGGCCGGUGAUGCCGGCCCGGACCCCGACCCGUGCGCGGGCCCCGCGCGUGUCCACCCUGCUGUACCUUCCCUCCAACUACCUCGGUGUGCGCCCGGCCCUCGGCGCCCGCGGCCACCACAAGUCCGGCGCGCAAGUCGGUGCCCACGGGAGCCGCGCCCGCCCGCCCGCGGCCCGGGGUCGGCGCCCCCCGCGGCCGCCGGGGACCGGCCGGAGCGCUUCCCACGGCCCCGCCCGCCGCCGCGCGGGUGGGGGCAGGGCGCGGGCUCCAGCCCCUUUGAAAUUUGAGUCUCGCUACCAGCAAGUUCGGAAUCCCGAGACACCGGAUCCUCUGCUCAAAAUGUUCUCCUGAAGGUGGAAGGACCCGUGGCCGACGCGCGACGGAGACGACGCUCUGCUCUUCCCGGGGUUCUAAACUAUUUAUCACGUGUGUGCAUAUUUGUGGGUGAUGUUUGUGCGCCUGAUUUUUUUGUUUGGAAAAUAUUUCGCGUGGUCAAUGUGGUUAUGGGGGGGGAGAUGCAUUUUUUUUUUCUAGUCUUAAAACUAAAAACUUGAGUCUGUCAUUUCUUGGUUGCACUGAAAUACCGCCCAGCCUGAUGGUUUCCCCAUGCUGCUCCGUCUCCCUCCAGCUUCUCUCCCUCACCUCUCUCCCCUCCUCCCCGCCCUCCCCUCCCUCCUCUCUCACACUCACACACACAAUUCCGCGUGAGUUUUGGAAGCCCCAGGCCUCCCUCCGCCUUGUCCGGUGAGAGGCCGCCAUCCCCCAAGCCUGCCGGUUUGCAAAGCUUCCGCGGGAGCCUGGGUGCUCGGGUGUGGCGGUGAUGGGGGGGGGGGGGGAUCAAGCCUUUUCUAGUGAGUUCUAUUAUAGUUAACAGUCGAUUGCACACUUUUUUAAAAAAAGUAAAUGGAUUUGCCACGAUUAAAUGUCAUAACAUUUAUGACAAUAUAAAAUAUUAACAUAUUUUAAGCCAAGUUUUAGGUGUAUUUUUUGAAUCUUGGUUAUAGACCCAAUUUUAAAGGGCGUUGUAUCCAGCGUUGUGAAGGCAACUGUACCCAUAUUUAUAUUUUUAUAAAAUGCCUAUAAGACUGUGAAUCUCUUGUGCUAAUUGCUGAGUGAGCUGAAGGGCCGCUUUGCCCCUCUUCAGCCUCCCGGAGCUUCAAGGACCCGAUUCGAAUCCGAAAAUCCUGCCACGGGGGAGGGGCCGCCGGGAGGGGCCGCGCGAGGACCUAGGACGGAGGCGGUGCUUCUGCGUCACUUUCUGUCCCGAAAGGCGCCCUUCCUGGUCUCAGAGGUUCCAAUUUUCUAUGCAACCCCACACCCCUUGUUGUUUUGAUCCUGAGAAAUAAAAGGGAGGCUGAAUUAUUCAAAUUUAAAUGAGGCUUCCCCUGGGUAGAAGUGCUGCUGACCCUUCGUGCAAAAAUGGGGAGCACUUGAGGACACAGGUGGGUGGAGGCCCUUUGUGCGUGGCUGGUCAGAUUUGGGCAGUCAUCUGUGGCUUUUUAUAAAACUUUGUGUGAGAAGAAUAUAUUGAUAAUGUCAGUGAAACAAGCAGACAUUGAAACUGAGGCACAGAUUACUCCAAAAGGAGUUUUUCUGUAUAUUUUUUCUAGAUGCAAAUACCUUUUUAAUUAUGUUAAUUAAUGUUAAGACAUUCUAGGCUUACAUGGAAGCUGUGUAUGGGUCCCGGUGUGAUCACUUUUAACUGGAUGAAGUCUGCAGCACAUUCCUGAGUGUACGAUAUAGACUUGUAGC